AUGUUGAAAGCACAGAAGGCCGACUACGAAGCUCAAAUCCAAGUAUUGAAGGAUGACAUGGAGAAGACUGAAAACGACAUGGCUGGUGCUAUAUCGAAUAUGAACCAAAAAGACAAAGACAAGCUUGAAGCUGAUGCUGAGAAUAUGAAUAGAAAGAAAGAUGCUCAAGAGAAGCAACUGGCUCAAUUGAAGGCUGACAAUGACAAUUUGACUAAAGCCAAAUCUAUUGUCGAUGCCAAAUUAGAAGACGCUGAAAGAGAAAAAGCUGCUCUUAACGAAGAAGUUGAAGCCGCAAAUGAGAAGUUGAGAAUCACUAAGAACGACUUGGGAAGAACCAAAGCCGAACUUGACCAACUCCAACAGAACUUUGACUAUUUCAAGAAGAAUGCCGACACCGAUGCUGCUGAUAAGAAGAAACUCAAUGGAACUGACAAAUUUGCGAAAGAAAAAGAAGCGAAGAAGUUGAAAGCAGAAAACGAUGAAAUUAAAGAGAAGGUGAAGAACUUGGCGAAUGACAGAUACCAACUUUCUUCUGAAAAGAAGAAGCUUCAAGACGAAUAUGACCAACUCAAUAACUCAGUCUUUGGACAUGAAGAUGAGACCAACAACUUGAAUGGUUCAAUCAAAAAGUUACAAAGAGACUUAGAAACAAACAACACUGAGUUGACUGAAUUAAGAGACAGAACGGCUAAAGACAAGAAGAAAAUAGCCGAUUUGGAACAACAAGUACAAGAUCUUGAAGAUAGACCAGUUGGGACUUCAAAUACUGAUCAAACUGAAGUCAUCAAGAGAGACAACCAAAUCGCUGAUUUGGAAAAGGCAGUUGCUGCGUUGAAAGAUCAGAACACUCAACUUGAUGCUGCUAAGAAGGAUAUGAAGAAGCAGUCUGUCGAAGACGCUUCGAAGAUUGAGAAUUAUGAACCACAGAUUAAUGCACUUGAAGCACAAAAGAAGAUGGCUUUGGACAACAAAGCGGAGGCUGAGAAGACUGCUGCUGACCAAUCUGAUAGAAGAAAGAAGAAAGAAUACUAA